UUUCAGACACGAAACAACGGGAGAACAGAGAGAGAAACAAGGAUCAGAUAGAAAAAUUGAGACGAAAUUACAUCGGGUUGUGUAAAAUCGAUGGAUGGGCUUGGGCAGGAGGUCAAGACAGACACUACAAGGGAAACUUCUACAAAAUCAGUAUUUGUGAACUCAGAACCGAUGAGGGAGGAGCAAGUGCAGAAAGCCAUCAAGUUCUUAUCUCAUUCGAAAACCAGGGGUUCUCUAGUUAUCUACUGGCGUUCUUUCCUUGAAAAACAUGGAUUAACGAAAGAAGAGAUAUAUGAAGCCUUUCGUCGUGUAACUGGGAGUAAAAUAAAUAUUGGAUUGAGAAAUGUACAUCUCUCUAUCCUAAAAGUGCAGAGCUGGUGGAAGAGACUGGUGAAGUCUGAUGAAAACCCUGCUCUGUACAUCAAGGUCGACUGGAACAAGUGUGGUGGAGAUAAAGCAGAGUCUAUCAAGUCCACAGAUACGAAGCCCCAAGUUCCUGCUCAAACUCCACAGCCUGCAGCAGCUCCUAUCAGUGGUGAUUUUGCAGUCUCAACCUUGCAGCGUCCAAGAUUUCAGUUGUCACAUGCUGUUCUUGCCGCAGUUCUUGCUGCUUCAGGUGCUGGAAGUGUUAUGCUCUUCAAGAAUGUUGUUGUUUCGAGGCUGAAAUCCUGGAUUCUUAAAGUUGUAACGAAAGAAGAUGGUUCUGAAAAGAAAGAAAACGCAAGGCCGACUUUGACUGAAGAAGCCGUAGCAGCUUUAAAAGAACUUGCAGCAGCUGCAAAAGACGCUGCAGCAUCAACAAGAGCUGCUGCUGGAGCUACUUCUGAUGUAGCCAAAGCUUGUCAAGAAAUGCUGAGAAAUUCAAAAAAUAAAGAGGGGAAGUACCCUGAAGCGUUAGUGGAGCAACUUGUCCUAUUAGUGGCUGCAAACUUGCCGAGUAUCAACACAAGGAGAGUCUUCCAUGCUGACCAAGUAGAUCCUGAGCCCUCUGUUAUGGCGUUGAAGAGUGAGGAAAGUGGAAAUGAUGAAACACGGAAGCCCAGGCAACCAUCUAACCUGGCAGUUUUACUGCGGGUCGAGGGAUUACUGAAGAAUUUAAAUGACGAACUGAGUGAUAGAGAAGAAUCAAGGUAUGCAGAUAAUAUUCUGACUUUAUUUGUUUUUUCUCAUAUUUGUAUAGGUGACUUGCAUAAAACUUUAGACCUUGCUUUACAUAAAAAUCAUUAAAGGAAAAAGACCUUGCUUUAUACACCUCAUUUUUUGUCGCAAAUCCUAAAAUCAACUCGCAAAACGGAUGGACCGGUGAAUUUUUCACAACAUCUAAGUGUGCCCCACCCACCAUCCUUGUGCAGGAAUUUCCUGCCGAAGGCUUUGGCAUGAAAUCCACGUAGAGUAACAGUCUGCUUUAAGCAUCUUAAAAUCGGGGUUUUUUUAAUCUCAUUCUUAGGGUUAAUGCAACAAUAGAAACUGUUGGUCUUCUUCUAAAAGAAAAUGGUGAUGUUGGAAUUUUCAAUGGCCGUGCAUGCUGGAGGAAAAUGUACAUUGGGCAUUGCCUCUUGGAGAUAGUGUGUCGUGAACUUGCUGUACUGGUCAAAUCAACUAAGGACAUGAACUAUCUCAAAGAGAGCGACUGAAUCUGCAGCCACAUCCUACCAAGAAAUUCAGACAUGUCUCCUUUUGGAGAGUGUUGAAAACAGGUGUGGCUUUUCAAAUCUUCGCUGAGUUAUUCUAUUUGAGUAUUUCUUUUUAAAUGGUAUUCAACAGUUUUGAGAUAUGUCUUCUAUGGCAUCGGAAAAUUCCUUGAUUGAUAGUAAGCAUGUUCUUUUAGAAACUUUUGAUGGGCAUCAAUUAAAAUGUGGGUUGAAGAUGCUCUACCACAUGACUCUGUGUGGCUUAUGUAAUAAAUUUGUCAAAGCUCUUGGAUUUGCAUGAACCAGAGGAAUUUGUCAGUCAUCAUAAGUAGGAUGAAGAUAACUACCUUAGUGGUACACUCACAAGUUUCAAGUACCCAUUGCGGUGAAAAACCACUGUGGUGUGUGUGGGGUGUGUGUAAAAAAACGUAGGAUGAAGAUAACUACCUACCUUUGCGAAAAAUUUAUACCGGUGCACUAUUAAAUCGAUUAUAUGAUGUAUUUUGUGAUUACGGUGCGUUUGAACUUGUUAGCCCAUGAGAUCAUCCCUUUAGAUCAUCUCUAAAGGGAUUAAAUGGAUGAAUUAUUUCAAAUGACGAUGGUUAAAAGUUGCCUCGAUCCUGAAAAGAUUUUGAGAACUCCCUUUGUCAUAGAACCAAGAAGCUAUCCAUGGAAAGCCUUAUUGUGUGUAUUCAGGAAAAAAUAAAUAAAUAAAGAGGUAUAAAAGGAAGUUUCGAAUUCAUCCCCAAUAGGCUGGAUCAGGGCCUUUUUCUGUGAGUCUUGAUGGGCAUGAGAGUUUAUUUUGCUUGUUAAUUCUUUUUUAAGCACGUUUGAUAUUUUUGGGUUGCAGCCCACUUUAAUAAGACCGUUUCCAUUGCAAGAUACAUGUACUUGAUGCCUGGGCACGCCAACAGUAUGGUACAGACGGUUUUAUGCUUCUUAAAAUUAAGUGUUUUUCUCUUGUUCAUAGGGCUAAUGCGGAUAAGGGAGAAGAAGGAAGCUGAAGAGGAAAAGAGAGAUGCUUAGGAGAUAAGUCACAUACAUCGUCUCAUGAGCCUAGGCUUUAUUCAUAUACGAGAUAAAAAGGAGCAUAGGCCUGGAGACAGCCAAGCCCACAAAAAAAAAAAAACAUAUAUAUACCCACACACUACUAUUUUCUAUACUCCCUCUCAAACUGGGCAUGUAUAUUUUGUAUACCGAGCUUAUUACAAAUUUGCUCUCCCAUAUUCCGAAUUAACACCUCUGUAAAAAAUGUUUCCCAGCUGGUACUUUGGCUAAACAUUUUUGGUGACGGACAAUAUCUUUAGAUGUGACCUCUCAAAUAAAGUAUCAGUCCACCUUUAUA